CGUCCAAAUAGUGAUCGAUCAUCGAACGUCAAGUGCCAAAAAAAGUCCACCAAACAAAUUAAAAAAUAAAACAACAAAAUAAAACUCUGUCAAAAAGCAGGCUUCUUGUUUUUGUAACUAUACGGUAUUUACUUGUGAUUUUCUAAUAAGUGGAAAGAGUAAUUAACAAGCGACAUUGUUAGGAAUGGCGGAUUCUGCAGAAAAUACCAAAUACGACGACGUUCUCACCUCUAUUUUGGUCAAUGAAAAAUCAAUAUUAGGAUUUUUAUCUACUAUAUUCAAUUUUCUAGCGAGACGUACGGAUUUCUACUAUGUUCCUGGCGAUAGUGAAUAUAAAAACAUGGGUUUCCCGCCGGGAGUUGCAGAGGAGCUCGUUCUCAAAGUAUUACGUAGAUGCGACCCUAAAAACUGGCACACUAACACUGACAUAUCAACAGAUAUGAAUGAGAUUAUGUGUUCCACUGUAGCACAAGAAGUGGAGGUUGUAGCUGAUGAAAAUAUGGAUGAAAUUAACGAAACAUUAGAAGACAUUGAGUUAGGGGAUAAUAACAAUAGUACUCAUAGUAAACAAGAUGCAGGAACUGUUCAAAGCAGUAAAGUUAAUGAAGAUGAUAAAACAAUGUUUCCUGAAGAUUAUGAGCCCCCAGUAAUACCAACUCAAAAAAAUAGUGAAUCUUAUAAUGGGGCUAUAAGAGAGAAGUACUCUUGGGCACAAACUAUCAUGGAUUUGGAUGUAACAAUGAAGCUGCCACCAGACAUAAAAUCGGCGAAAGAACUGAAAGUGACAAUAAAUCCUGGGGACCUCUGCAUAGCUUGUCGCAAUGGUGAUAUAAUUGUCAAAGAUACACUUCCAUAUAAAGUAAAAACAAUGGACAGUUUUUGGAGCAUCAGUGAGGGGAGACUGCUUAUACAUUUAGAAAAAGUUCAAGAACGCUGGUGGAAUAAAUUACUCAACGGAGAAGAAGAAAUAGAUAUUUCCAAAAUUGACUGUUCAAGACCAUUAAAUGAAUUGCCAGAAGAUCAUAUCGCUAAGAUCCAUGAAUUACAAUGGAAUCAAGAACAAAAGAUGAAAGGCCUGCCUACUAGUGAUGAAAUAAGGAAUAUUGAAACCCUCAAAAAGGCAUGGAAUGCGCCUGGUUCUCCUUUCAAGGGCAAAGAGUUCAAUCCAAAUGUACUUAUCAAAAAGUAAAAUAAACUUUAUUUAAUAUGCAUUCCAUUUAAAAUUAAUCAUAAGCGCAUACAUUAUAUUGCUUGUAAAUAAGUAAUAAUCAAAAUUAAACAUGUGCACUGUAAAAUUUA